AUGGCCGACACCCUCCCGCCCAAGGAGGCGCAGCUGUAUCGCAAGCUCUCGAAAUGCUACGACACAAAGCAGUACAAGCAGGCGCUGCGCCAUGCCAAUGCCAUUCUGGCCUCGGCUGACUGCCUGGAUCACCCCGAAACGCUGGCGAUGAAGGCUCUGGUCUACAACUCGCUCGAGAAGCGCAAAGAGGCUCUUGAGACAGCCAAGGCCAGUCUGCGCAAGGGCAUCAUGAAAAGCCUCUGCUGGCAUGUCUACGGCAUCAUUUACCGCUGCGAUGGCAACUUUGAGCAAGCAAUCAAGUGCUACCGCCAGGCCUGUGUGAAAGAUCCCCCACGCCUCACAGCGGAUGUGUUUUUUCCAUGUUGCCAGAAAAAUCAAAUCAUUUUGCGCGAUCUUGCCUCCCUACAAAUUCAGAUGCGCGAUCUCGAUGGCUAUCGGGAGUCACGUCGCAAGAUCUUGAUGGAACGCGCCGAUUUGGCUCAAAACUGGUCCGGUCUUGCGGUGGCUCAUCACCUCAACCAGGACUACGAUCUGGCCAUUGAGGUCAUUGGCAAGUGGCUCGACCUGCAGAAAGAGUCCAAGACCCCUUUGCAUGAUACAGAGCUGAGCGAAACACUCUUUUAUCUGGUGCAGCUCCAUGCGGAUAAGGGUGACCCUGAGACGGCACUCAAGCUGCUGCACGAGCACGAUCAAGAGAUUUGGGACCGUCGGGGCUUUCACGAGAUGCGCGCACAGCUCAACCUGGCGCUGGGCGCUCAAGGUCAAACCGAGGCCAGUGAGAAGGCUGCCACAAUUUACGGCCACUUGAUUGACGAUAACCCUGAAGACCGCCGUUACUUUGAUGGCCUCUUUGAAGCCAAGCACCUCACCGAGCCGGCCAAGCGCAUGGCUGUGUUGGACGAGGUGCACAACCGAUAUCCCAAGGCCACGCUUCCGGAGCUACUCGUUCUGCGCGAGGCCACCGGUGACGAUUUCAAGUCGCGUGUGGAUACCGUUCUGCGCUCUUGUUUGCGUAAAGGCAUGCCCCCGCUUUUCAACAUGCUGCGCCAUCUGUAUGUCGACAGCACCAAGGUGGCAACCAUUCAGACCCUUGUCGAAGGCUACGUGGCCAGUCUCGAGAAAGACCGAGCCUUUGCUGCAGGCGAAGGUAUCGAGUCACCUGCCGUGCUGGUGUGGACCAAGGCUUACUUGGCACAACAUUUGGAUCAUCUUGGCCAGUAUGAUCGUGCCCUGAGCACCGUGCGCGAAGCUCUGGCGCACACCCCGACUGCGCUUGAAGUUUACUUUGUUGAAGCACGCAUCCUCAAGCAUAUGGGCCGCCUCAACGAGGCCGCCGACCAGCUCGAGCUGGCGCGCUCGCUUGACACGGCUGACCGUUACAUCAACGCUCGCUGCGUCAAGUACCAAGUUCGUGCCGGCCAGUUGGAGAAGGCCGACCAGAACGUCGUCAUGUAUGCCAAGGAAAAUGGCGAUCCCAUGGACUAUCUUUUGACCCUUCAAAUUGUUUGGUUUAAUGUAGUAGGCGCCAAGGCGUAUUGGGAGAAGCGGGACAUCCCGCGUGCCUUGGGCAAGGUCCACAUGGUUGCAGAUGACUUUAACACCAUCAUUUCGGACCAAUUUGAUUUUCACACCUAUUGCCUUCGCAAGAGCACGCUGCGUGCUUACGUGCGAUUCUUGGAGGGCGAGGAUAACCUGCACGGCCACCCCAACUACAUUGAAGCCGCAAUUCUGGGCGCACAAAUCUACCUGUACCUGAAGCAAAAGCCCUAUAAGAAGGGCGGCGACGAGGACGACGAUCCUGCGCUCAUUGGUAUGUCCGAGGCGGACAAGAAAAAGUACCUCAGCAAGAAGCGCAAGGCAGCGAAGAAAGCUGAGGCGGCUGCUGCGGUUGCUGCCACGGACAACAAGGCUGCUGCCGGAAAAGGCGGUGCCAAGAAGGAAGAGGAAGAUUUGAGCUCACGCCGCCAUUAUGACAAGAAGGGCGAGGAGCACGCUCUGACCUCUGAACCUCUUGAGGCGGCUUUGAAGCUUCUCAAGCCGGCACUCGAACUUAUGCCUAAGACUCAUGUGGACCUUUAUAUUACGGCCUUUGAGGUUUAUCGCCAACUGAACAAGCUGCUGCCCAUGUGUCGCAUGCUUGCCGCGGCAGCCCAGAUUGACGCUGAGCAUCCAGAUGUACACGUGUGCCGGGUGCAGCUUUUGCAGAUCCUUGCUGGCGGCAUUGAUGGUCAGGAUGAGCUGGUGCAGAAGGUUCUUCCCGAAGUGCAAAAAUCAUUGUUUGGAUCAGUGUCGGACGCGCACGCGCUGAAUGAAACCCGCAAGGCCAAGGCCGCCGCUGAACCCAAGGAGGCGCUGGCUUACAACCUGGGCCGCGUGGCGCUGGGCGAGGCUUCCGUAGAUGAUGCCUACGCAGCUGUGGUUGCCGUUGUGGCCAAGGCGGAAAGCUUUCCUCUCAAGGAUGCGCAAGCAUUGGCUAGCCGCGUGCGUCGCGAGGCGCCAAGUCAGCUUCAAGCCUGCCAGGCCGCCUGCCUUCGCUUGUGGCCGGCCGCAGAUGCAUUCAAGCCACGCACGUCCACCGAGGCUUCCGCAUGAGCGCGUAAUUUUGGAGCAAACAUGAACCGACACGAGACGAAUGACUUCCAGCAACAAGAAGGAUUGGAUCAACUAGCCGAGGCCCUUUGGCGUCGUCUCAACAUAAACGGCAUCGCAUUUUGCACGCCUACCUGUAUACGGGCUUCUGGCUCUUGUGUAAUCUCUCUCCUUGCAUCCUUACCUGCCCCACUUGCCAAUCAACAACAAGAGAAG